AUGGGCUCAAAGUUGUUCGCACUCUCUCCCCCUCUCUCUCGUGACUCCACCUCUUCUGCUAACCACCUCAACAAAUCUGUAAGAACCACAACAGAUAUUGAUCCAUCGACUGUUGAAAUGCCAAUCAUCCCCGUCAGCACAUCAAACCCCUCCGUCCCUUCAAAAUCUCCCAAAAUCUCCUCCGCGGACCAGAAUAAUGACAUCUACUCUGCUGUCUUAGCUGUGGCUAAUCUCGCCAUAACUCAGAGCCCUUCUUCGGCUGUCACUGAGGCACGGAGCAGCUCUGCCGCUUUUCUUGCAGAUUCACACACGUCUUUCAAUUGUUCUUCCUCAUCUCGAUCAAAAGAGGACAUUUCCCAAUGGCCUCCGGUGAAUUUCCCUUUCAUCACCGCAAUGCGACCAGCGUGUGUGCUCUGUGAGGGUCCCCUGUUUCGGAAAACCGUCGGUCGUCUCAUACCCCCGGGUAUGGACAAUUCAGGUAGCGGAUCGGGUCUAAUGACAGCGAGUAUUUUCAGUGAAGAUAGCCAAUGUGCCUCCCCUGCUUCAAAUAUUUCCCUACCUCAGCAGAAGCACUCACGAAAUGCCUCCUGGAAACCUUUUUGGUCUGCUCUCGUUGUCAUGGAGGGCUGGUCCUCUGCCUAUAUGGUUUAUUUUGACGCGAUCAUAAAGAAACCGAAGCGUCGUGAAGACUUCUCAACAAGUCGAUGUCAAAUUCAACCCUUUCAGAAAUGUGCAAUAGAAGGUGGAUGUGUAGACUGUCUACCAAGCAUUGGUAUGGCGCGCCAUCGAAACGGGACUGUGGAUGAGACUUCUUUUCUCCUCACUCAUCCAGGUUUUCGUAAAACCUACCGUUUACGACCUCUGAAUACUGGAGAAGUCAAGUCUAGAGGAAGCAUUGAGACAGGAACUCCGUUAACACCCACUCCACCACGCCGCGACUCCAGGCGUCAUUUCUUCACUCUUUCGAGAAAGAACUCAGUUGGCACGACCUCCUCAACUCCUACGCAUAAUUCCACUUUCACUGCCUUCUCUUCUUUUAGGGGCCGUGGUGCCUCUGCUCCUAUGUUAGCCGAGGCUGCCGUAACUCUGCUGAACCUCACAGACGCGAGGCCAAUUCCUGCUGUGGGGGACUGGAUCCACGCGCUUCAAUCCACCCUCGAUCGUCUACACCCCUCCCUUUGA